CCAAUCAUACAACAUCAAACAACACAAGGCCAUUUCAUUGUGAUUAUCUCCUAUACAUUGAAACGGCCUUUAUUUCCCUCUUCAUAUAUAUCUCCUAGUUUUCAUUGUUUUGAAAUCUUUUGUUGCCAAACAUGACCAUCCUCGUUGACCAGCCCCAGCUCCAGCUCCAACUUGACUGUGUGCCCAUUGAGGAGAAGAAACUGGGCCAAUCGCAAGGCGUAUUCGAGGCUCCCGACAUCAAUGCUUUUGGCCAAACCUUCAGGGACUACACUAAUGCUGAGACCGAGAGGCAAAAAGGGGUUGAGGAAUUCUAUAGAUUGCAACACAUCAACCAGACAUAUGAUUAUGUUAAGCAGAUGAGAGAAAAGUUUUCAAAACUGGACAAAAUGGAAAUGAGCAUAUGGGAAUGCUGCGAGCUUCUCAAUGAAGUCGUGGACGAAAGUGAUCCUGAUUUGGACGAGCCACAGAUUCAACAUUUGUUGCAAUCUGCCGAGGCUAUCCGCAAGGACUACCCCGACCAAGAUUGGCUGCACCUCACCGCUCUAAUUCACGAUCUAGGAAAAGUGCUCCUUCUCCCGAAAUUCGGAGGGUUGCCUCAAUGGGCUGUCGUCGGUGACACAUUCCCUCUUGGAUGUGCUUUUGACGGGUCCAAUAUUCAUCACAAGUAUUUUAAGGAGAAUCCCGACAGCAAAAACUCUGCUUACUUCACGAAGAAUGGAGUUUACGAGGAAGGAUGCGGAUUGGAGAAUGUCGUUAUGUCAUGGGGGCACGACGACUACAUGUAUUUGGUGGCUACGGAAAAUGGAACAACUCUACCUUCAGCCGCAUUGUUCAUCAUCCGUUACCAUUCAUUUUACCCUUUGCACAGGGCUGGAGCUUAUAAACACUUAAUGAACGACGAAGACAGGGAGAAUCUCAAGUGGCUCCAUGUGUUCAACAAAUACGAUCUGUACAGUAAGAGCAAAGUUCACGUUGAUGUUGAGGAAGUGAAACCCUACUAUAUCUCCCUCAUUAACAAGUACUUCCCAGAAAAGCUGAGAUGGUAAAGUUUUGUGCAAGUGUUUCUUGAAGAGUAACGACGACGUUGGGUGUAUACAAUUGAUGUAAUUUUUUUGGUUGGUCCUUUCAUGUUUGUCGUGUUGUAAUUGUUCUUCAUCGACAGAUGGGCAAAAUAGUCAUUCAAUCACCAUUGGAGCAUUUUUCAUUUUCAUAUUCUUCACAUGUGAUUUUUAGGUUGUUUGUCUGUACAACAAUAAAUGUAGAGUCCUCAAAGUCCAAUGAAAUCCCCGGCUUCUCCAA